AUGGCUUCCCAACCGCAACCGCCUCUUCGUCGUCGUCUUCCCCUCGUCCCGCUCCUCGUUCUGCUCUGCCUAUCCCCGGCAUUCGCCGCCGGGAGAGUCCCGGUUUCGGUCUACUACGAAACGCUGUGUCCGUUCUGCUCCGCGUUUGUCGUGAACGACCUCUCCAGGAUCUUCCGCACCGGGAUCUCCUCCAUUUCUGACCUGCGGCUCGUCCCUUUCGGCAAUGGGCGUGUCUCGGCCGACGGAACUAUCACUUGCCAGCAUGGAGAGGACGAGUGCCAACUCAACGCUGUAGAAGCUUGUGUGAUUAGACUAUGGCCUGAUGCGGAGCAGCAUUUCCCUUUCAUUCAAUGCGUUGAGCAUUUAGCACUGACUCGGAAAUGGGACGCCUGGCAGUAUUGCUUUCAGGAAACUGGCCUCGCCUAUCAACCUGCUAUUGACUGCUACAACUCAGGAUAUGGCAGGCAGCUUGUACUCCAGUAUGCUGCUGCGACAAAUGCUCUGCAGCCUCCUCAUCAGUUUGUACCUUGGGUGGUCGUCAACGGCAAACCGCUCGGUGAUGAUUACAUGAACUUUGAGGCAUACAUCUGCAGUGCUUAUGAUGGCAAGCUUCCAGAGGCAUGCAAGGGGAAGCACCUAGCAAUUGCUCAAGAGACGAAAGCCAGCAGAGGAGACAAGAAACAUCAAAUGCAAAUGUUUCAUGUUGAUAUUUACUAG